UUAAACCUCUUUGUACGCCGGCUGAUUUGCAUGACCGUAUAAACCACACGACGUCUUUGUAAUGAGGAACGUAUAUUACAGCAGUUUGAAACUAUGAAGUUUAUUUUUAAUAUCGUUUAACACAUACCACUCAUGAUACCAGUAUAAUUAUAAAUACGUUAUAUCGCGAAACCGUCGAUUGUCAUUGUACGAGCCAGACGUCUAUUACUCGUAUUGCGCUUUUCCGUGCGGUUUUCUUUGGAAUCACGCGAGUGAAUAUUAAAAAUUUCUUUUAAAGUGCCGUGCACCAGCUCUUCCACGGAAAAAGCCAUAAUAAUUGUUAUUAUUGUACGUUCAGCAGCUCCAUGGAGAUUCCGCAUACUGCAAGAAAAUCAGCAUUUUCCCUUUGAGACAUUCUAGAUUCCUCUGUCCCCAGAAUUCUGCUUACAGCUUUAUCAGGAACAACCUGAGUAGACCGUGGAUACACUCACCAAUAUGACAAUGUAUAUUAAAACGCUUGGACUGGCUGUGUUUUCUGUUGUCUGCAUUUUGGUCAUCGCAGGCCAUCACGUGCUGUUAUCAAAAGCCGGCUUGAUAAAGCGUGAUACUACUGCUCGAAUAGAGAGCGAGCCGGAAGCUACACCUAACAAGCGGCAAAACACUGUUUCGUACUAUUUCGACUCCAAAAUUAAAAAUCUGGAACAGAAAAAUACCAUCAAUCAAUCAAUGCGUAUUAUAUCGUUGUACACGGACAACUGUAUCAUCUUCAAGGAGUUAAGAAAGCCUACUGGGAUUAUACACAUACAGUUUAUCCCUCACCCGAAAUCGAAAUUCUGUCUAGAUGAAUUCACUAAAACCGGAGAAAGCACCAGAACGAUUAAACUGGGAGCAGACUGCAUGCAUGUCAACAUCAUCAUCCACGAAAUCAUGCACGCAUUGGGAUUUUCCCAUGAACACCAGCGCCCCGAUCGAGACCGUUACGUGCAUAUCAAUACUAACAACAUAAAACCCGACGGCAUCAUCCAGCAGCAGUUUCAGAUUUUGCCCGGAAUGGAGACAUACAAUGUCCCCUACGACAUCCACUCCGUCAUGCAUUACAACGAAUUUAUACCACAGUUUGCCAUCCAUGAGUCGCAGCCUAUAAUGACCUUUAAGAACGGCACGCGCCAAGAGCUUUUCACGCUCUGAGCGAACUAGACCUCGUUAAACUUCGAGUGGCGUUUAAGUGCCAAGUCACGCCCGGUUCCAAAACCGCCACAGACGCUGCUCCACGAACACCAUCCUCUACAAGAAAACAUCGCACAAAACCGGCUCCAUCAUCGACUGUUUACCCUGAAACAGAUCAAAAUCCUACGAACUGUCGGCACUCAACGACUUUCCAGCAACAAAUGGAUGUUAACGCUUCCAUAAUGCGUUGUACGCAGGAUGUGACGAUUGACGAAAUCGAGAUAUUAGUUCGGCGUUUCCAUCUGCUAGCGCGCCCCGUCGGUGUUUUUCUAUAUGACAACGAGGCGUACUUAGAAUGGUCGAUAUUCCACAGAAUUAGCAGAUUGGUUGUUAUCCUCCUUCUACAGAACUGCACGCGGCGUUCAACAAGCCAAGUGCCGUUCAGCAUGAAUUUUCGCGAUUUACAGCGUUUCCACUUGUCCAACUGCGUGGAUCUGGAUAUCCAAAAGCAGCACUUUACAGAUCUGCCAAAUCUGCGAAUGUUCUCUUUGCAAAACUGCACCAUAUACAACCUGGAGACGAACGCUUUCAGUGACCUGCCGCAGCUGCGAAGUCUCUCCCUGGAUUACGCUGGUCAAAGCGUAAUGCAAAGGUCACCGGCUUAUCGAUCGUAUUUAUACGACCUUCACUGCGGAAAGCACAGCUGGUUUCACUGCUGGAUGGAGUCGUUCCCCGCAUUGUUCCAGUCGCGAGCCAAAGGUGACAUUUAUCAUAUUCCCAAUUCCUUUGUUAACACGGCUGUGCAUGUGGAUACGAUGCGGACGUUGUUCAACUGCGACACUAACGAGACGGUUUAUCCAUCGCCAGCAGCGUACUACGAACAAUAUUCGCUAUCUCACCAAGAAUGCUUGCAUUCUCAAAAUGAAACUAAUCCUAGCGCUAAAAAUGUGAUAAUUGUUGUUUGACUUACCUCUAACAGUGUGAUUUUCUACGGUAAAUAUCUGCAUAAAUCCAUCGAAUGCUCUUCGGAAAAUUAAACAGAUUUUUCUCCCUAAAAUGUUGUCU